AGGGCUGCCGGCCUCGUCUUACCCGGCUCAGUGACAGCAUAGUGAGGAAGUAGAGUCUGGGUGAUGAGCAACUGUCCCCUCUGCAGAUGACACCUGGAGAGCUGGCCCUGGCCAGUGGCAACCACACCCCUGUGACCAAAUUCGUCCUGCUGGGAUUCUCUGACUACCCAGACCUCCAGGAGCUCCUCUUCGGAGCCUUCCUGCUGGUCUACGCGGUGACGGUGGCCGGCAACCUGGGAAUGAUGGCCCUCAUCUUCGCGGAGGCCCGUCUGCACAGCCCCAUGUACUUCUUCCUCAGUGUCCUCUCCUUCCUUGAUAUUUGCUACUCUUCUGUGGUCACACCCAAGCUCCUGGUCAACCUCCUGGCCUCGGACAAGUCCAUCUCUUUCGAGGGCUGCGUGGUGCAGCUGACCCUCUUUGUGGUGCAUGUGACAGCCGAGAGCUUCCUGCUGGCCUCCAUGGCCUUCGACCGCUUCAUGGCCAUCUGCCGACCCCUCCGUUAUGGCUCUGUCAUGACCAAACGGACCUGUCUCCAGCUGGUGGCUGCUUCGUAUGCAUUUGGGGGCACCAACUCCGCCAUCCAGACCGGGAAUGUCUUCGCGCUGCCCUUUUGCGGGCCCAACCUGGUAGCACACUACUUUUGUGACAUCCCACCCCUCCUGCGCCUGGCCUGCGCCCACGCAGACACAGCGGAGGUGGUCCUCUACGUCUUCUCCGCCCUGGUUACCCUCCUGCCCGCCGCGGUCAUCCUCACCUCCUACAGCUGGGUCCUGGUGGCCAUCGGGAGGAUGCGCUCCACGGCGGGGCGGGAGAAGGCCCUCUCCACGUGUGCCUCCCACUUCCUGGCCAUUGCCGUCUUCUAUGGCACCGUGGUGUUCACCUACGUCCAGCCCCACAGCUCCACCAGUGAGGUCAGCGGUCAGGUGCUGUCCGUGUUCUACACCAUCAUCAUCCCCAUGCUCAACCCAUUCAUCUACAGCUUCCGGAACAGAGAGGUCCAGGACACCCUGCAGAGGAAGCUCCGGGCCAGCGUCUUUCACUGCUGAGCCUGGCAGCUUGGGUGCUGGAAGGAGGAAAAGCAUCCUCCGCAUCACAGCAUGGAUUUUUGUAACCAAGAGCAGCCUUACUUUUGAAGGGAAAACAAUAAAUAUCAUAUUUCAUGCAGAGAACUGCAGUUUAGGAAGCAUCUUAUCAUCCAUGAUCACAGCCAACCCUCACCGCCAUAUUGUUAGUAGCCGUUGUUGGAAUGAUCCGCCUUACAAAUGCCAGAUACAAGACUAAGUAAACAAAAAAAGAGAGAAAGAAAUUACCUAACUUCAUUGAGAGUGUGUAUUCAGCAUCAGAGACUCCAUGUCAAAGCAGGAACAUUGCACUACACAGCAGCCACAAGUCAACUCUACUGACGUCUCAUCCUCAACCAGGAAAUAUCAGACAGGAGGCAGCACAACUGUUGCUAUUUUGCCACCAGUUCAGUGACGUGGCAGUGGACACCAGUUGGCUCACAGAAAGAUUUUCCUAUGUAUCUUACUGCAGCUGAAUUUUGUGGAGCUGUCUCAUUAAACCUCAGGAUUAAAGCGA